AACCAACAGUCCUGGCCAGGAUGGAGGUCCACCAGUCCCUGCUGCUCCUGCUGGCCCUGGAGACAUUGUGGGCAGCAGGCAACACAUCUGAGACCCAAAUCAUUGGUGGUCAAGAGGCAGUCCCACACUCCCGCCCAUAUAUGGCCUCUCUCCAGAAAGAAAGGUCCCACGUGUGCGGGGGAGUUCUCGUGCAUCCCAAGUGGGUGUUGACGGCUGCCCACUGCCUGUCUGAGCCGGUAAAGCAGCUGAGGCUAGUGCUCGGCCUGCACUGGCUCUACAACCACCAAGAACCUGGCCUCACCUUCUACAUCAAGGAAGCCAUUAAACACCCUGGCUACAACAAGUACAGUUACGAAAAUGACUUGGCGCUGCUUAAGCUGGAUGGGCGAGUGCAGCCAAGCAGGAAUGUCCGACUGCUGGCUCUGCCAAGAAAGCCCCGUGCCAAGCCGGCUGCAGGGGCUCAAUGUAGCACAGCUGGCUGGGGGAUGACCCAUCAGGGUGGUCACCCAGCCAGGGCCCUGCAGGAAUUGGAUCUGCGUGUGCUGGACACCCGCAUGUGCAACAACAGCCGCUUCUGGAAUGGCGCCCUGGUGGACAGCAUGCUGUGUUUGAAGGCUGAGACCAACAGCCAGGGCCCCUGCAAGGGUGACUCUGGAGGGCCCUUGGUAUGUGGCAAAGGCCAGGUGGCUGGGAUCCUAUCUUUCAGCUCCAAAAGCUGCACAGACAUCUUCAAUCCCCCUGUGGCCACUGCAGUGGCCCCCUACAGCUCCUGGAUCCGGAAGAUCAUAGGUCGUUGGGCACCUCAACCUCUGGCCUAAUGCCCUAGAUGACCAGGACAUUCUCAGUGGCCAGGGCAGGGAAGGGACCAAUAAAUCCUGAUAUAUCUGUUGCAUCCACCCCUGUCUGCCUUUGGUCUCUGCAAGCCUC